AACACGAAAAGCCCACGGUGUGAAGCACACACCUGCAUUUUUCUUCAGCAAUUUCGUGCAUUUUGGUACAAAGGUCUGGGGGGACCAGUACAGAAGGAGGUAGAACUAGGUGCUAUGUGGUGUUGUGGCCCAGGAUGACAUCUUCACACCAUCCUUUUUGUCUCCCUGAAAAUUGAUCAGCCUUUAGGGGGUUUUUUAGUUAGAGAAUGAAUUUAUGGUCUGCGUGCUGGAAUAUACAUAUGCGCCCCUUGUAUGUGUCUUUUCUAUACCUCUUUCAAGGGGCUUCGAGUGGUAUGGGCAUACUUUUGGCUUUUCGUUUUUGUGUUACAUACAAAAUGGUAUAUGAUAUUGGGAAAGUAAUAUUUGGGUCACAUUCAUAUGUUAUGUUGAAUCCAUCAUUUCUGCCCGAACAAGUAUUCGGCUAGACAGACAUUCAUAUAUUGGUCUUUUUUCAUGGAUCAUGACUUCUUUUCCUUCUCAGAUUUAUCCUGCAGGAUAUCUGGAUCAGUUUUCAGGCGAAAGAUUGUUAGCUGUAGCAUCUGUCUUUAUUACCGCCGAGAUCAUUUUCGUAGCCUUGAGUUUUGUGGCGAGUUAUGUUAGUCAAAGGAAGAGUGUCAAAUGGAGAUUUCGACGAGAAGAAUGGUUUACAAUGUUGGGGCUGGGAUCUAAUUUGGCUAUGAAUGCUAUUUCUUUAGGUAUUUUAAAGUUUCCGACCGAAUUCUAGUUUAUAUCAGGAGCUCACCACUAUUUCAUAGCUGCUAUCAAAUACGUCCACGCAGGCCAUCAUCUCCCUUACGUUCUAACCCUACAUCCAACUACCCUCCCCACCUUCCUCAAAAUGGAAAUCACAUUCGCAAUUCUCUAUAUCCUCUCCAUCACACUUCCCAAACUAACCAUGCUCUCCCUCUUCCUGCGCAUCUUCGUCAUCAAAUGGCAACGUCGUGCUUCCUAUCUCAUAGCAGCUAUUCUCCUCGCAACAGCACUUGCAAAUAUAAUUGCGAAUGUUACGCAAUGUAUACCUCUAGACCAUUUAUGGGAUAAACAGGGAAAGGGGAAAUGUUUCGAUCAAAAUGCGUAUUGGAGAUGGGCGAGCUUACCGAAUAUUUUGACCGAUGUGGCAAUGUUGGCACUGCCUAUUCCGAUGGUUAUGGGGACGAUGAUGGGCUGGAGAGAUAAGGCUGGGGUGGGAAUUACGUUUUUGGCGGGGAGUUUGUAGGUUUUAUUUUUGGGGAUUCCCUUGCGCUGUCCUUCUUCUUCCCUUCAUAGACAGAUCUACACUGCACUCUAGAUGAUUCACUAAGAGCGUCCCAAAAGCAGAAGCAUAUACUAAUAAACCACAGAGGUCUCAUAACAUCCAUCCUUCGCUUCGCCGCAUUUUGGCGCAUGCAACCCGCCUCAGACAUAACCUGGACCGCCAUCGAACUCUGCGCCUACUCCAUCGCAGAAGGUGGCGUCUAUCUAAUCGCUUCCUGUCUACCCGCCCAUCGCGCUCUCUAUCUAACCAUUCGGCGUCCGCAUCUCUGGCCUUCGAAUACCCGCUACAGUGGAACAGGCGUCGCGAGUGGUAAUUGGGACGUAAUUCCAGCUAGCAAAUCAAGCUCUGGAUCGAGAAACCCGUCCGUCUCUCACGAAAUAUCUCACGAUGAAAAUGAAACAUCUGCAGAAGCAAGUAUGCGAUCGAUAUCAGAGAUCCAACCACCGAGAUCCGUAAAAGGAAAACCGAGAAUAUAUAUCCAAACACCCAGUCCGAUUCGCUCCAAAUUUCCAUUCACAGAAUGCGUUCAAGGACAUGCACACGCCUAUGUUAAUGAGAAUGAAAACGGGGAUCUAAGUCAACUAUUCCAUCCAUGGCCUCUGACGAGAAGGCGAAGUUCUUUAGGGCGCGGGACUGGAACCGGGACCGAGAUUCAGAAUCUGAAUCAGGGUAAUGAGCAUGGGAUUACCAUCCAGCAUGAUUUCAGCAUCGAGUACGAAGAUUUGCGACCGGUUGGUAAUCGUGUUGGGAAUCAUAUCGGCUAUCAGUAUGCAGGAGAUACUGAAAGGUCUGCUCUAGUUCCAGGCCGAGUUCCAGGUCCAGGUUUAGGGACUAAAGCUGAGAGUUAAGCUCAAGAAAAAGAUAUCAGAAAUCGAUUAUGAUAUACGAAUAAUGAAUAAAUA